AUGACAGACAACCAAGCAUCAUUCAUACUCCAUGACGGAACCACCAUGCCAAAGAUUGGCUUGGGUACCUACAGAAUGAAGACCUUGGGGGAACUCAGACCUGUAGUUAAGGAAGCUGUUCGUAAUGGAUAUAGACUUAUUGAUUCGGCUACUGUCUAUAGAAACGAAGAAGCAAUUGGUAAAAUUAUUAAUGAAAUAAUCAAUGACGAGACAUUUGGCGUUGAGCGAAAAGACCUCUUUGUCACAUCCAAGCUAUCUCCAAGAAACCAAGGAUAUGAAGAAUGCUACAAAGCUGUCCUUGCAUCUCUCAAGAAACUCAAGCUGGACUAUAUUGAUCUUUAUUUGAUUCACUGGCCAGGGACAUCGAAACACAAAUUGGAUGAUCCAAAGAACAAGGAGAACCGAUCAGAGAGCUACAGAGCACUCGAACAGCUUUUGAAAGAAGGCAAACUGAGGCACAUUGGAGUAUCCAACUAUACCGAAAAGCACUUGAGGCACUUGAUCGACACCUGCACCGUCCUACCACAUGUGCACCAAUUCGAACUUCACCCGGCACUCUAUCAACCCGAGAUCCUGUCGAUCUGUCGAGAGAACCGAAUCCAGAUACAGGCCUACUCGAGUCUCGGCGAAGGAAAGCUCUUGAAAGGCAAAUAUGCCAUCAAAGAACUCGAUCCAAUUUCCGAGCGGCUGCAGGUUUCUCCAGCCCAGGUCUUGUUGCGCUGGGCUAUUCAGCACGAUUGGGCAGUCAUACCAAAGUCUACAAAGCCAGAUAGAGUAAAGACCAAUGGAGAUUUGUUUUCUUUUGAACUGUCAGGACAAGAUAUGGCGUUUCUUGAUGACUAUCACAAGCAAGAAGCACACCGAAUGUGUUGGGACCCAACAGAUAUCUACUAA